GAGAGUGUUGAUGCGAGAUGCGAGUAUGAGUAUACUGAAACAUGGCUGAUAGGGAGUUCUUUUGUUAAUGCAGAGCAGGAUUUUUGUUGGCGUUAGACGUUUUAUUAUUUCUUUAAAAUGACAAUUAUUGUGUUUCUUAUUGACACCUCGGCGUCAAUGAAUCAAAGAGGUUAUUUGGGAGGGCGUCCGACAUUGUUAGAUGUAGCCAAAGGAGCUGUAGAAACAUUUGUCAAGGUUAGGCAGAGAUCCCCGGAGAGUAGAGGUGAUCGUUACAUGUUAAUGACGUUUGAAGAACCGCCUCACAACAUCAAGGCGGGUUGGAAAGAAAAUUUGGCGACGUUCAUGAACGAGUUGAAGAACCUGCAGUGUCAAGGAAUGACAAUGAUGGGGGCUGCUCUUAAACAUGCUUUCGAUGUUCUCAACAUCAAUCGUAUGCAGACUGGCAUUGACACUUAUGGUCAGGGUCGCUGUCCUUUCUUCCUAGAGCCCUCAGUCAUCGUGGUAAUUACUGAUGGCAGCAAGCUGUCAAAUACAAGUGGAGUACAAGAAGAAUUCAACUUGCCGAUGCACUCACCCAUCCCUGGGUCAGAGAUGACGCGGGAGCCUUUCCGUUGGGACCAGAGACUGUUCUCUCUUGUGUUGCGUAUGUCUGGCACACCUGCGAUGGAUCGAGACACUGGUCUAGUCCCUAGCGACUCAUCUCCCAUUGAUGCCAUGUGCGAGGUCACAGGAGGGAGAUCUUACUCCAUUACAUCACAACGGAUGCUGAUGCAAUGUAUUGACAGCUUGGUGCUCAAAGUACAGAGUGGAGUUGUCAUCAAUUUUGAGAAAAUCGGUCCAGACCCGGCACCUAUAACUAGUGAGAAUUCAAGAGAUGGAAAUGAGGAUGGUGAAGAACAAGAUCAUCACGAUUGGGACAAAGAAAUUAUCAACCCUAACCAUCACUCCGAGAUGAAGAUCCCAGCUAACGGAAACCGCAAUGGAGGGACAGGCACCCACACUCCGCUGGGCUCGGGGCCGAACAUCAACAACACGGCAUGGCACAACUGUCGCAGACUCAUCUAUGUGCCUAAGUCUGCACAAAAAGGCUUUGCUAUCGGCUUCUGGCCCAUUCCCGAAUCCUUUUGGCCCGACCUCUCGGCAUCGUCUCUGCCUCCAAGGUCUGCUCAUCCAAACGUGAAGUUCAUGUGCACCAGUCAAGAACCAAUGGUUAUUGAGAAUUUACCAUUUGACAAGUAUGAGCUUGAGCCUAGUCCUCUGACCCAGUAUAUCCUUGCAAGGAAGCAGCCCACUGUGUGUUGGCAGGUGUUUGUGCCCAACAGUUACCGCAACUCGGACGUAGGACAUCCGUUUGGUUAUUUGAAAGCUUCGACCAACCUGACGUGUGUAAACUUGUUUGUUAUGCCGUACAACUACCCAGCAUUACUGCCACUGCUUGAUGAUCUGUUCAAAGUUCACCGACAGAAGCCGACGCCUGAGUGGCGAAACCAGUUUGCCAACUACUUGCGGACAAUGCCACUAUAUUACGCUGGGCCGCUGCGACGUGCACUGGCUCGUAUGUGCAGUCCCCAGUCAAACCUGCCGCAGACUCUGGUGCCAGACACUAUGGAGAACUCUCUUAGCUAUUCUGUGCUCAACUAUCUGAAGCGGCUCAAGAACCAGGCCAAGAUAGAGUACGACAGACUGUGUAGUGAGGUGAGCAGCAAGCAGCCGCUGCCAGGAAGCAAGGGCUCGGUUGCGGGUAGUGUAAACGAGGGGAUCCGCGUGGUGCCGAGGUCUGUGCUCAAGAGAGAACUCAUCUCCCACCCACUGUUGCAAGACAAGUUCACGUCAAUGAAGGAGCAGUUGAACGAGUUUGGAGGGUUUGUGGUCGGCGUUGUGCGCAACAGACAGCAUCAACACCGCGUAGGAGGGCAGAGUCUGCGCAACCCCUUCGACAUCCCGCGACGCAACCUCAUAGACCAGGUCGUCAGAAUGAGAGCCAACUUCCUACAACCCGCCUUCAAACAUACUAAGAUGCUAGAUGAAGACUAUAUGCACAGUAUGCCUGUAAGUCAGAUGGGUAACUACCAAGAGUAUCUCAAGAGGAUGCCAUCUCCUCUACGAGAGGUGGAAUCAACACCAGUGCGUCAACACAUGUUUGGCAACCCCUUCAAAAUUGAUAAGAGGAUGAUGGUGGACGAGGCAGAUAUAGACUUGGUGUCGAGCGGCUCACCUCACAGGUCCGGCUCCAAGCGAGGGGGAGCCGAACCGCUUAGUCCACGUCCAUCCAACAAGCGCAAGCCAGGGCCAAUACCUCGGGACGUGAUGGUGCGGCGACCUGUAGCCCCACCUCCUACGCCCCCACCUACACCUCCACCAGCCACCAACCUCAGCUUACCACCCCCGCUCACACCAGCUGUAGCUGUCAACGGAGAAAUCGAUGAACUAAAUAGUUUAGGCAGUGAAGAUAGCCGCGCUCGGUCCCCGUCUCCUCCUCCCCUUCAGCCGUACGACGAGUGUCCUACCCCUACUCCUCAUCUCCCUCCCUACGCUCCCCCCUCCCUGGGGCCUCCUCCACUCACCCCUUCUCUCCUUGAAGAAGAGAGUCCCACCAUAGACUGGCAUCCCCACCAUAUCUCCCCUCCUAGGUCACCUCCGGGACUUAGCGUUAUUAAGCAGCCGAGCGAACUGGCCUUGUCUAAAUCCGAACUAGUGGAAAUCCGGCGACACAAUCUCAACAUACGUUCCUUAGCUUAUAGAGAAGUGAGGAGGCCUGGAAUAAAUUACGCCCCUUUAUUUGGUCAUCUGGAACACUUGAAGGGGAGUGUCGAAAUUCGUGCUAAGGUCUUAACAGACGUCAUCAACGAGUCAUUGCGCUUUAAGCGUAAAAAGCUUGCAAAUUUAUUGGACGAGUUUCUUCAAUCCAUGCUCACAACGGGAAAGGGGACUAACGGCGAGAGAUGAGUUUUAGAUUGGUUCAGAGUCUAAAACAACAUCUGAUAAACACAAGUUUACGUACACCAACCAGCAACAGCUGAGGCUGUUUCAUCAGUGCCCUUAAGCGAGUUAUUUUUAAAUCCUGGUAAUCCGUGAAAAGAUUUCCUUUUGAACAGGGGGAUGGUUUUACUUAUAUUUUAUUUGAUUUAUACAAUAUAGAACUUGAUUUCUGCGUUUAACGUAUACACUCUAGAGGAACUCACACGUGCUUUUUGGCUUGAAUCCUUCUAAAGUUGUCUGUGUUUUAAUAUUUUAAUUCAAAAUAUAUUAUUUUGUUUUCAAUCCAAAAUAAGGACCAUGAAACGUUUUAACAUACUGUUAUGAAAAUAAUUUUCGCAAUAAUUCAUUAAAUGUAUGAACGUAAUUUGAUGUACAGUACAUUUUAAAGUGGUUAUUUUCAAGGAAUUGCUUUGUUUUCAAGGCAUUGUUUGUAAUUAUAAAUAUAUUUAUCAUUUAAUAUAAAACAAA